AUGCUUCUGCUCCCACUCUCCAUGCUGCUCCUGCUCACAGAGCCCUGGAGAUCCCUGGGAGAAGAAAUGAAGGUCUACUCCCAGAAAACACUGGCCAAUGGCUGUACCCUGGUUGCGUGUAGCCCCCCGGAGGGUGGCUUGCCUGGUCAUGAUGGACAAGAUGGGAGAGAAGACCCCCGCAGGGAGAAGGGAGAUCCAGGUUCACCAGAACCUGCAGGACAAGCAGGAAUGCCUGGACCAGCUGGCCCCAUUGGGCCGAAAGGGGACAAUGGCUCUGCUGGAGAACCUGUACCAAAGGGAGACACUGGACCACCUGGACCUCCAGGCAUGCCUGGUCCAGCUGGGAGAGAGAGUCCCUCAGGGAGGCAGGGGAGCAUGGGACCUCCAGGCACACCAGGCCCCAAAGGAGAGACUGGGCCCAAAGGAGGAGUGGGUGCCCCAGGCAUGCAGGGCUCCCCAGGACCCACAGGUCUCAAAGGAGAGAUAGGUGCCCCUGGUGAGCCCGGAGCCCCUGGACGUGCUGGGGCGGCAGGUCCUGCUGGAGCCAUACGUCCACAGGGGCCUUCAGGUGCCAGGGGCUCCCGAGGACUGAAGGGAGACAGAAGUACUCUUGGAGAAAGAGGAGCAAAGGGUGAGAGUGGGCUUGUCGAUGAUCUCUGGCAGUGGGUGGCAGUCUUAGAGGGACAGCUGCGACGUCUCCAAAAAGCCUUCUCUCAGUAUAAGAAAGCGGUGCUCUUCCCUGAUGGCCUGGCUGUCGGGGAGAAGAUCUUCAAAACGGCAGGUGCUGUAAAAUCAUAUUCGGAUGCCCGGCAGGUCUGCAGAGAGGCUAGGGGACAGCUGGCCUCGCCGCGCUCUGCAGCCGAGAAUGAGGCCGUGGCACAGCUGGUCAGAGCCAAGAAUAAUGAUGCUUUCCUGAGCAUGAAUGACAUCUCCACGGAGGGCAGGUUCACCUACCCCACUGGGGAGUCACUGGUCUAUUCCAACUGGGCCAAUGGGGAGCCCAACAACAAUAAUGCUGGCCAACCAGAGAACUGUGUGCAGAUCUAUAGUGAGGGCAAGUGGAAUGACGUACCCUGCAGUACGGAACUCCUCGUGAUCUGCGAGUUUUGA